AUGGGUUGGGAGUUUUGGGACUCCAGGGCUCUUGUUUUCUGGUGCUUCGUGUUGUCUUUGAUCCAUGUUUCAUUUGGUUCUAAGGUUAGGCAUUUCCAAUGGGAAGUGGAAUACAUGUACAGCUCUCUAGAUUGUUUGGAACAUGUCGUGAUAGGUAUCAAUGGCCAGUUUCCAGGGCCGACCAUCCGAGCUAAAGCCGGAGACACCAUUGUUGUGGAACUCACUAACAAGCUUCACACCGAGGGAGUUGCCAUUCACUGGCAUGGAAUCAGACAGCUUGGAACACCAUGGGCAGAUGGGACUGCUUCCAUUUCACAAUGUGCUAUCAACCCUGGAGAAACUUUUACAUACAGGUUCAAAGUUGACAGGUCUGGAACGUACUUUUAUCAUGGACACUACGGAAUGCAAAGAUCAGCAGGAUUGUACGGGUUCCUGAUAGUGGACGAGCAUGGAAAGAGAGAGCCCCCAUUCUAUUACGAUGGUGAGUUCGACCUAUUGUUGAGUGAUUGGUGGCACCAAAGUGUUCAUGAGCAGGAGGUUGGUCUUUUCUCUAAGCCAUUCCGCUGGGUCGGUGAACCCCAGGGCAAUUCAAUUGUUCAUUGGCCAAAAUUUAGCAACAAUGCUUCUGUCAGCCAAUGCAAGUUUAGUGGGAAUGAGCAAUGUGCACCCCAAAUCUUGCAAGUCCAUCCAAACAAAAUCUACAGGCUGAGGAUUGCUAGCACCACUGCUUUAGCUUCACUCAACUUGGCCAUUGGGAAUCACAGAAUGAUGGUGGUGGAAGCUGAUGGAAAUUAUGUGCAACCAUUUGAAGUUGAUGACUUGGAUAUUUAUUCAGGGGAAAGUUAUUCAGUCCUCUUAAGAACAAACCAAAACCCUUCCUCCAAUUACUGGAUUUCAGUUGGUGUAAGAGGAAGAGAGCCCAAAACCCCGCAAGGCCUCACCAUUUUGAACUAUAUUCCCACCCCUGCAUUAGAACUCCCUACCUCUCCAACUCCUGUAACACCUCGAUGGAACGAUUAUGAUCACAGCAAAGCGUUCACUAAAAGGAUUCUUGCCACCAAGGGGUCCCUUCAGCCACCAAGAAGUCAUGAUCGCAGGAUCAUCCUCCUCAACACUCAAAACAAAAUCAACGGAUUCACCAGGUGGUCUAUCAACAACAUUUCCUUAACAUUGCCUUCGACCCCUUACUUGGGCUCCGUUAAAUUUGGGCUCAACAAUGCUUUUGAUCAAAAACACCCUCCGGACAACUAUGAUAACAGUUAUGAUAUCAUGAAGCCUCCGGUGAACCCCAACUCGACACUUGGAAAUGGAGUUUACACCAUCAACUUCAACACCACAGUGGAUGUGAUACUUCAAAAUGCCAAUGCAUUAGCAGAAAAUGUCAGCGAGAUACAUCCAUGGCAUUUGCAUGGUCAUGAUUUCUGGGUGUUGGGCUACGGAGAAGGGAAGUUCAGAGAAGAAGACGAGCAUAAGUUUAACUUGGAGAACCCACCGUCACGAAACACCGCUGUGAUCUUCCCAUAUGGAUGGACCGCAUUGAGGUUCGUUGCUGAUAAUCCAGGAGUUUGGGCAUUCCAUUGUCACAUCGAGCCACAUUUGCACAUGGGAAUGGGAGUCGUCUUUGCUGAAGGUGUCCGUCGUGUUGGUGAAAUACCCAGAGCUGCUCUUGCUUGCGGCAUAACUGGACGUUUUUAA